AUACUGCUUUAAGUAAAAAUGGCGCAUUAAAAACAUGGCGGCCUCCAUAGAAGCGAGUCUUCCUCAGAAGAGAUAUUAUAGACAGAGGGCUCAUUCAAAUCCAAUAGCGGACCAUUGCUUAAUUUAUCCUCCUUCUCCAGAAUGCAUGGAUUGGUCUUCUUACUUUCCAACAUAUUUUACAUCUGAAAAUAAGGAAAAUUCAAAGAAAAUUGAAUUUGCAGAUGUUGGAUGUGGUUAUGGAGGUUUACUAGUGAACUUGUCUACUAUUUAUCCUGAUGUGUUAAUGGUAGGACUAGAAAUCAGAGUUAAAGUGUCUGAUUAUGUUCAAGAUCGCAUUAAAGCCCUCAGAUUGCAACAUCCAGGACAAUACAAUAACAUUACAUGUUUGAGAACAAAUGCUAUGAAAUAUCUACCAAAUUAUUUUUAUAAAGGGCAGUUAUCAAAGAUGUUUUUUUUAUUUCCGGAUCCACAUUUUAAAAGACAGAAGCAUAAAUGGAGAAUAAUUAGUCCACAAUUAUUAGCAGAAUAUGCAUACGUUUUAAGAAUUGGGGGCAUAGCAUAUACAAUUACAGAUGUUAAAGAUUUGAAUGAAUGGAUGGUAGAACACUUUGUUAAACAUCCUCUGUUUGAGAGGCCAUAUAAUUAG